AUGAUUCCCACACGAAAACGCAAGUCCUGCGAAGCCUGCCGGGCUCGGAAGCUCAGGUGCUCAGGGGAAAAGAGUGGGUGCUCCCGCUGCCGGGGUCUCUCGAUGGCAUGUAGAUUCAAAGAUGAAGGCGCCCCCGGAAGGCCCAGAAAGCGACCACGAGAAGAAUGUGAGCUACCGAGAGAUCGGACAGGUUCCGAUUCAUCAAGCUCGCACAUCUCGCCCGGAUUACCGGAUGCCACAUUUAGCCCCCAAGAGACCGUCAACAUGUUGAUGGGCACCGGUGACUUCGACUCAAUACCAUGUGGAAUGUCCGGCAAUUGCGGAUUCGACUCCUCCCAUUGGGAAAUGCUGGGGAAUGGCGAUAUCUGCUCCGCGCCUCUGGAGACAUGGCAGAUCUCCCAGCAGAGCUCCUUACCAGAGACCGAGGUUCCGCAAAUUGCCUUGGAUGCAUACGCUUCUCCUCUGUCAUUUGCACAAUCGUGUAACUGUGACGAGGAGGUCUCCAGCAUAGUUCGCAAUCUCAGUCGAGCGACCAUGUCGCACGAUGUCAUUCCCACGCUUCGGACGGGGGUUGCGUUGACAGAGAGGAUACUCGCAUGUCCGAUUUGCUACGACGUGUCGAAACCACCCCGAGUCACGGUUCAAAAUGUACUACUCAUUGGACAUUUGAUGUUUGAGAUAACCUCUAGCUAUCAGAAGUACCUACGGUGGUUGAAGAAACAUUGCACCGAGCUCGACGGCAGGAACGAAAGUCAAUCGGUCUAUCUUGACUCUGGCAUUGGUAUACCGUCCGAUCUGAAUCUGCAGAUUAGUGGCGACAAAUUUCGUGAUCUUAUCAUACACGGCCUUCAAGCUGACGCCGAGCGGCUGUCGGCGGUAGGGAAGAGCUUUGCGCUGCGGCAGCGGAAUCGCCAUAUUGUGGGACACGAAAGAUGUCCUGACCAUGAAGGGGAUUGUCGAAGGAAGGAAAUUGGUGCCGAUCAUGAUCCGCUUGAUCUUUGCCCACAGAACGCUGUGGCUCGAAAAUUGAUUCCCUGCUUCCGGAUCGUGGAUGAGGUUCGGCAAAUGGUGGAUCAAGUUGCCUCCGCCGUUGUAUGA